GGCGGGGAGAAGGCGGUGCCUCGGCUCCUCCUCUCUGCCUCCUCCGUGCCUCCUCCGGGCCGACACAGCCACCGCCACCGCCCGGGCCGCUUCCCGGGGCCGCCCUGAGCCCGGGGCAGCGACGUGUCGCCGCGCUAGGCCGCGCCGCCCGGCCCGGCGCCGCAGGUCCUCGGCGCGCUGCUGCCCGGCUACAACAUCAGGCGGUUUUCUGUAUGAUGCAACUGGAAGAGAUAUGACGACGGCCUUCUUCAGACGCUCUUGGAGUAUUUUCACUAAGAAAUAUUUUUCACUCUUGUAAGUGGAAGCUCUUUGUGGGAUGAAAAGGCAGUGAUGAGGUGAUCCCUUUCGAUUGAUGAUCUGUUGGGAUGGUAUUAAGAUCACAAGAACUAUUAACAGACACGGGUGGCACUUGCCGAUGCACCCCAAGCUUUUAUCAAGUGGUGAUUUUAUGCAAUGGCAUCGAGCCACAGUUCUUCACCAGUGCCUCAGUCAAACAGCAGCGAUGCUUUCUUUAAAAAGGAAAUGGAUGUUGCAAAGCGCUUUCGACCUGUGCAGUCACUGCCUGAUGUCUGCCCCAAGGAGCCCACAGGCGAUCCCAGUAAAUUAUGUGACAGCCCAUCUCUAGUUGCGGAUCAGCACAGAUGGACUAUUUAUCAUUCCAAAGUCAAUCUCCCAGCAGCGCUAAAUGAUCCUAGGUUAGCAAAAAGGGAAUCUGAUUUCUUUACAAAAACAUGGGGAGUGGACUUUGUGGACACUGAAGUCACGCCUUCAUUCUACCUCCCACAGAUCACCAAGGAACAUUUUGCAUUAUACCAACAGGAAAUCACUCCGAGAGAGAAGGUUCAUGAAAGAUGCAAGAAUAUUUGUCCUCCUAAAGAUACCUUCGACAGGACUCUGUUACACACCCAUGAUAAAUCCAGGACAGAUCUGGAACAAGUACCUAAGAUUUUUAUGAAACCAGAUUUUGCCUUGGAAGAUUCCUUAACAUUUAAUGCUGUUUUACCAUGGUCCCAUUUUAGUACUGCUGGUGGAAAAGGAAAUCGUGACGCAGCUUCCUCCAAGUUACUUCAAGAAAAGCUGAGCCAUUAUCUGGACAUUGUGGAAGUCAAUAUUGCUCAUCAGAUUUCUCUGCGCUCUGAAGCAUUUUUCCAUGCCAUGACCUCUCAGCAUGAGUUGCAGGACUACCUCAGGAAAACCUCCCAGGCUGUAAAAUUACUUAGAGAGAAAAUCUCCAAAAUUGAUAAAGUAAUGUGUGAAGGAUCACUUCGAGUUUUAAGACUGUCGCUCACAAGAAAUAACUGUAUAAAAGCAUACAAUAAACUGAAGCUAAUGGCUACUGUACACCAAACACAGCCCACAGUACAGUUGCUGUUGUCCACUUCUGAGUUUGUUGGAGCUUUGGACUUAAUAGCAACAACGCAGGAGGUGUUGCAGCAAGAACUUCAAGGCAUUCACAGUUUCCGGCAUCUUGGCUCACAGCUUUGUGAACUGGAAAAGCUGAUAGAUAAAAUGAUGAUUGCAGAGUUUUCAACUUACGCUCGCAAUGAUUUAAAUAGACCCCUAGAAGAUGAUUGCCAAAUUCUAGAAGAGGAGAGACUCGUAUCACUAGUAUUUGGACUUUUAAAGCAAAGAAAUCUCAAUUUUUAUGAAAUAUAUGGAGAUGAAAUGAUUAUUACAGCAAAGAACAUAAUUAAACAGUGUGUGGUUAAUACGGUAUCGCAGAUAGAAGAAAUAGAUACAGAAGUGGUUGUUAAGCUUGCAGACCAGAUAAGGAUGAUGAAUUUUCCUCAGUGGUUUGACUUACUGAAGGAUAUUUUCUCUAAGUUUACCAUCUUCCUCAAGAGAAUAAAGGCAACGUUAAAUACUAUCCGUAGCGUGGUUCUCUUGGUUCUAGACAAGAACCAAAGAACCAGAGACCUGGAGGACACCUUACAAAAGCACUCUGUUAAAGACAGCACAGUGGACACAGAAGUGGCUUACCUGACUCACGAAGGCAUGUUUAUAAGCGAUGCAUUCGGCGAAGCGGACCUCCCGCCUGUAGCAGCUGACACUACCUCUCAGAGAAACACUUCCCCAAACAGCGAGCCCUGUAGCAGCGAUUCAGUCUCUGAACCAGAAUGCACUACCGAUUCCUCAUCCAGCAAAGAGCAAACGUCCUCUUCUGUUACUCCAGGAGGGGUGGAGAUGAUGAUCAGCGAUGACAUGAAGCUAACUGAACUGGAACUGGGCAGGCUGGCAAACAAUAUUCAAGAGUUGCUUUAUAAUGCUUCUGAUAUCUGCCAUGAUCGUUCAGUCAAGUUCCUCAUGGCAAGAGCAAAGGGUGGCUUCCUAGAGAAGUUAAAUUCCAAUGAGUUUGUCGCUCUUUCUCGGCUGAUGGAAGGCUUUAUCUUAGACACCGAGCAGAUCUGCGGCAGAAAAAGUAUGUCCUUGCGAGGAGCACUUCAGAGUCAAGCCAAUAAAUUUGUGAAUAGGUUCCACGAGGAGAGGAAGACAAAGCUAAGCCUACUCUUAGACAAUGAGCGCUGGAAACAAGCUGAAGUUCCUGCCGAGUUUCAGGAUCUUGUCGAUUCUGUGUCAGAUGGCAGAAUUUCUCUCCCUGAAAAAAAAACAACAGCUACUGAAGAAAGAAAGCCAACUGAAUUUCUUAUUGUUGAAGGACAAAAAUAUGCAACAGUUGGGACAGUAUUGCUGUUAAUAAGAAUAAUCCUUGAGUACUGCCAGUGUGUGGAUAACAUUCCUUCCAUCACCACUGACAUGCUUACCCGCCUGUCUGAUUUACUGAAGUAUUUCAACUCUAGAAGCUGCCAACUGGUGCUUGGAGCUGGCGCGUUGCAAGUUGUUGGCUUGAAAACCAUCACUACAAAAAAUCUAGCCCUUUCUUCACGCUGCCUACAGCUAAUCGUACACUACAUUCCUAUUAUCAGGGCUCAUUUUGAAGCUCGACUGCAGCCGAAGCAGUUUAGCAUGCUCAGGCAUUUUGACCACAUAACAAAGGAUUAUCACGACCACAUAGCUGAAAUUUCAGCAAAGCUUGUUGCCAUAAUGGAUAGCUUAUUUGACAAACUAUUAUCCAAGUAUGAAGUGAAAGCUCCUGUUCCUUCAGCAUGCUUCAGGAAUAUCUGCAAGCAAAUGGCAAAGAUGCACGAAGCUAUAUAUGAUCUCCUACCAGAGGAACAAACUCAGAUGUUGUUUUUAAGAAUUAAUGCAAGCUACAAACUUCAUCUGAAGAGGCAGCUGGCCCACCUAAAUGUAGUCAAUGACGGAGGACCUCAGAAUGGACUGGUUACGUCAGAUGUAGCUUUUUACACUGGAAACCUUCAAGCGCUGAAAGGCCUUAACAACUUAGACCUAAACAUGGCUGAAAUUUGGGAGCAGAAGAGGUGAUAAUCCACUGGGAGCAGUCACUUGGCUCUGACAACAGACCGACUUUCUUCUAAGAAGUGUGACGACUGUGAGGUGAAUACUUAAGAACAGAGGCCAAGAAAGGACACUAUUGAUAGUCGGGGAAACUAGACUCAGAGUGAGCUGCAGGGAGUGAUCUUUUCAGUGUCCUUCAGCAAGAAACAAGUGAUCAGCUGUCUGUGCAAUGUUUUUCAUUCUCUCUGGAAACAGACUCAGGUUUCUUUGGACCAAAUCCAAAAGAACACAUAGCUGUAACACAGCUGUAGUUGUCUAGAAUGCUCUGUAUAUCUUUAUAUUAAAAAGAUGCUUUGCAUUU